GAAUGUUAUAUAACUGUUGAAUCACUUAUAUUUCAGGUACCAAACCUUUAGAAGAUCAGAUUUAUGCUGAGAUGAGAGGACGGCUUAAAGAAGAUGAUAUAACUGCUCCAAUCCGCAGAGGACCUUACUACUAUUACAAUAGGACUUUGGAGGGUAAAGAAUAUGUCCAGCAUUGUCGUCGUCUUGCUUCUAAUAUUGGUGCUCUGACUUCUGUAUAUGACACCAUGCCAACUGGAUCUGAUGCACCCCCUGAGCAUGUCAUCCUGGAUGAGAACAUCAAAGCUCAAGAACACACAUUUUACAUUAUUGGCGCUUUUAAAGUCAGUCCGAAUAAUAAAUUUGUUGCAUAUGCUGAAGACACUAAAGGAGAUGAAAUUUUUACUGUUCAUGUCAUUGAUAUAGAGUCCCGAACACCAGUUGGGAUGCCUCUGGUUGGAGUUACAUCAGAUCUAGAAUGGGCAGGUGACGAGGCUUUAGUUUACACCACGAGGGAUCAGAUCCUCCGGCCGGACAAGGUUUGGUUACAUAAGGUUGGAACAGAACAAGCAUUAGAUUCUUGUCUGUAUCAUGAAAAGGAUGAAACAUUCUCUCUAGAUCUUGUGGCUUCUGAGAGCAAGAAGUUUCUAUUUGUUGCAUCUGAGAGUAAAAUCACAAGAUUUGUCUUUUAUCUUGAUGUUUUGAAGCCUGGAAAUGGACUAAAUGUUUUGACACCACGAUUAGAUGGCAUUGACACAUCAGCAAGUCAUCGUGGGAAUCAUUUCUUCAUUAAGAGGAGGAGUGACGAAUGUUUUAAUUCUGAACUACUUGCUUGCCCACUGGAUAAUACAUCGGAUACCAGAGUUAUACUUCCCCACCGGCCAAGUGUAAAAAUCCAGGACGUACAACCUUUUAGCAAUCAUCUUGUUGUCUAUGAGCGUGAAGAUGGUCUGCCAAAAAUAAACAUAUAUCGGCUUCCAGCUAUUGGAGAACCAGUUGGCAGACUUGAAGGUGGCCGGACUCUUGAUUUUGUGGAUCCCGUAUACUCAUUGGAUAUGUCGGAGUCAGAAUUUUCUUCCAGCAUUUUAAGGUUUCAUUAUAGCUCGAUGAGGACACCUCCUUCUGUUUAUGAUUAUGAUAUGAACUCUGGGGUUUUAGUUCUCAAGAAGACCAAAAUGGUUUUGGGAGGCUUUGAUUCAAAAAGUUACAUUACUGAAAGGCUGUGGGCUACUGCUCCAGAUGGAACUCAGAUACCCAUAUCAAUUGUCUACAGAAAGGAUCUUGUGAAGCUUGACGGGUCGGAUCCGUUAUUUCUCUAUGGUUAUGGUUCCUAUGAGAUAUGUAUAGAUCCAAAUUUUGAGGAAUCAAGUUUGUCUUUGUUAGAUAGGGGUUUCAUUUAUGCCAUUGCUCAUGUUCGUGGAGGUGGUGAAAUGGGGAGACAGUGGUAUGAAAAUGGAAAACUGUUGAAGAAGAAGAAUACAUUCACAGAUUUCAUUGCUUCCGCAGAAUAUUUGGUAGAGAAGAAUUAUUGUUCAAAGGAAAAACUUUGCAUUGAGGGAAGAAGUGCAGGGGGUUUGCUAGUUGGUGCUGUUCUUAACAUGAGGCCUGAUUUAUUUAAGGCUGCUGUAGCUGGAGUUCCUUUUGUUGAUGUUUUGACUACAAUGCUCGAUCCGACUAUUCCCCUUACAACUUCAGAGUGGGAGGAAUGGGGUGAUCCUAGGGAAGAAGAGUUUUAUUUCUAUAUGAAGUCUUAUUCUCCUGUUGAUAAUAUUAAAGCCCAAAAUUAUCCAGCCAUUCUUAUAACAGCCGGUUUACAUGAUACGCGGGUUAUGUAUUCAGAACCUGCCAAGUUUGUGGCAAAGUUGAGGGAUGUGAAAACUGAUGACAAUGUUCUCCUGUUUAAAUGUGAACUUGGCGCUGGACAUUUUUCAAAGUCAGGAAGGUUUGAAAGGCUCCAGGAACACGCCUUGAAAUAUGCUUUUAUCUUGAAGACGUUAAAUAUGGUCUGAAAGGCAGGCGGGCAGGCAUUUGGUGGCGAGAAACCAAUGUUUUUGCUUUUAAGAUGCAGUUUUAAAAGUCUCCAGGAAGACACAGACUUAAAUAUGGUUUGAAAGGCAGGCAGUCUCCAGGAAGUUGCCUUCAGAUAAGUGUUAAUUUCAGGACAUGAUCCUAAAUCUUUCAUUUUACAUAGAUUUUAUGAAAUGGGGAAAUAUCUGAAUUUUACCUUUUGAUUGUAUAGGCCGUGGUUGAUUCAUGCCUCCAAAGAAUCUCUCUUCAAUUAGUGUUUUUCUUAUAUAUAUAAACUUCUAUGGUUUCGAAAAAUCAAUUGGAAUUCAUCGAUUUCCCAUGUCAA